AAAUCAUAACACCAAAAAGUUACAAAAUUAAGAAGAUCGACAAUCUCUAGCAACGAAAUUCCAAAAACAAAAAAAUUGAGAUAACGUAGUAGUCUUCUUCUUCGUGAAAAGCAGUAAAUCAUCACUAAAGAAACAAAUGAAAAAAAAAAAGAGAAAGAGAGAGAGAGAAGCAUUGUCAAUAGAGAGAGGGAAAAAAAUGAGGAAGAGGGAGAAAGUUUUCUAAAAGAAAGAAAGAAUUGAAUGAGGAGAGAGAAAAGUUAUUGAAAUAAAUUUGGGUGGGUAAUAUCCCACGUGUAGUAAGAAACUUUUUUUCAUCUUUUUUUUGCCAUUCAACAAGUUUACUGUAAAUUCGCCUUAACUAAACAUUAUUUUUGGUAAUUUUUCCAAAUGAAAUUCCAGUAAUUGUUCCAAAUGAAAUUCCACCCAAGAAUUUACAGAAAAUACUUAUUGAUCAUUCUGAUUGACAAGCAAUGUAAAUCAAUGAUACAUGGGUUAUUUUAUUUAUUUAAUAAGGGAUAAUUUGUAAGUUUCAUCCCUUUCUUCCUCCCUUCUCCAUUCUUCCAUUACAACAACCCACCUUUUUCCUCCAUGAAAUCCCUAUUGCAGACCACCGCCACCACCACCUUAUGUGGUUAAAAUUGCUUCCGCGAAGAAAAUGCUACCCUAAGGUGGUUAAAAUUGCUUCCGCGAAGAAAAUGCUAUCCUAAGGGGUACAUGGUCUUUUUGCUCGCGGCGUAGGAGUGGUUGUCGAGGAAGAAGGAAGAAGGGAAGAAGAAAAGGGACGCGAAGAAGAUCUUUCGGAGAGGAAUAAGGGGUUGUGAUGGUGAUGGCGGCUAAGACGAACACGAGAAGACGGAGAUGAUUUUGGUGGUUCGUGGUUGACCAGCGAGAUGACAGGGGGAUAAUGAUGGUAGUGCGGUGGCUUCGUGAUGACCGAUCACCGGCGAGAUGACAGGGAGUAGUCGGAGAUGGUGGUGCUUCGUCCUUCGUGAAUGAAAUUCUUAAAGAGACAACAAUGGCGCUGAUUUUCACGCUCUCACCAUAACCAAUGGCGGACCAGCAUCACCAACACCACCAGCUGCAAUCCCACUCAUCAACAAGAAAUCGUUGUUAUUCGUUCACCCAACACCAACACCAGCAGCAGCAGCACCAUCAUCAUCAUUCUAUGUCGCUUCCGUUAUCGCAACCUCAGCAGCAGCAGCAAUCAGAUAGUGAUCGGAGCAGCGUCGAAUUGCGGGCUGUCGAUUGUAAUCUCGCCUCUUUGUGUGAUCACAUUCAAUUGGAGGGUUUUAACAAUGGCGUUUUCUCCGAUAUUGUUGUCAAUGCUAUGGGCUCUACUUAUCAUCUUCAUCGCUUGAUUCUUUCUCGCAGUUCUUAUUUCAGGAAUAUGCUUCAUGGUCCUUGGAAAGAAGCAUCUGCCCCCGUCUUAAGUUUGCAGAUAGAUGAUACAAAUGUUAAUGCGGAGGCCAUUGCUAUCUCAUUGGCAUACCUUUAUGGGCAUCACCCUAAGCUUAAUGACAAUAAUGCAUUCCGUGUUCUUGCUGCGGCAUCCUUUCUUGAUCUCCAGGAAUUGUGUGCUAUUUGUACUGACUUUAUCAUCGCUGAGCUGUGGACUUCAAAUUUCUUAGCCUAUCAGGUGUUUGCAGAACAUCAAGACUAUGGCAUACAUGGGGAAAGAGUUAGGAAUGCUUGCUGGGGCUACCUUUGCCAGAGUGGUUUCAUGGAAUUGAAAGAGGUUCUACCAAAUCUUUCAUCCCAAACAUUGCACACGCUACUGACCUCAAAUGAACUUUGGGUACCUAGUGAAGAGAAACGGUUUGAACUUGCAUUAUAUACAUUGGUAAAAAAAAGUGCUCUCAACAAGGGUGAAUCCCAAGAAAAGCAGAGUACAAGCCUGGAAACAGGGAUCUCAAAUCAACAUGACUUGUCUCAAUCAAAAGGAAAGAACAUUAUUGAUGCCUGCUGUAAUAGAAACUUGGAAGCUGAUUCGGUAUGUGUAAAUUCUUACUUGCUCCUUACAGCUAAAUUCUGCUUGUAUUAUCUGAUUGAGCUUGCAGAUUUUGUUAUUGACCUCCACAAUAAUAAUGUUGAUGACAAACAACAGGUACUUCAAGUUGCUUGCAGUGAGCCAAAUUCAGGAGCUGAAUAUCCUAACAACUUCGAACAACCUUCCCUUGUUACCUACUACUCUGAUUAUAGGCCCUCUUCUUCUUACGUCAGAAUGCCAGUUAAUUUUGCUGCCAGUGGACAGGGAAGUGAAGCUGCACUAGUAGAAGGACCAUCCGAAGAAAGCAUAUGCUGCCAUUUUAGUAGUUCUAAUUGGUUGUCAGGAAAUGAUUCAAGGGAUUGCUCUUCAUCAUCAAUAAACUCUUCCUGCAACGAUAUCGUGCCUGAUGAAUGGAGCAGAAAUGAUUUGGCUUAUCCAUGGGGUGGAAGGACUGUUGGAAGGAGGCAGGUGAAGAGUUACGGUAAAGGGAACAGUGGGUUGAGAGGAGAAGAAUAUGAUACAUUCAUUAACAUUUUUGAAGAAGGUUCAGUUUUGUACUGCAAUAUGUCUUUUGAGGCUCUUUUAGAUGUGAGAAAACAGCUUGAAGAAUUAGGUUUCCCUUGCAAGGCAGUGAAUGACGGUCUUUGGCUGCAGAUGCUUCUCAGUCAGAGGGUUCAAGAAAUUGCUGCUGAAACAUGCAAAAAUUGCUGCCUUUUAGGCAUGGCAUGUGCAUGCAAACAGCCAUUUACCUUUUCCCAUGGUGCUGGAACCACAGGCUACUACGUCCAAGCUUCUGAUCAGAAUAAUUCACCUGGCAAUAUUGGUGAUUUGUACGUUGCGGGUCCUGCUAAUGUUGAAGGAAAUGGUAUAUUUAGACCAGUGAGAGUAAAUGUUAGGGGUUCAAAUGAUGGACUUGCCGGUAUCGGGCGUGGAGCUACACUGGUUCCUGCUUCCACUUGGUGUCCAACUCGAUUUGUAUUUUCCCGUGUUCCGUUUGGUGUGGGCAACAGGAAUGGUCAGCAAUCUCUUGCUAAUGAUGAUCUGGAAUUGAGACCUGACCAACAUGGUGACAUGUCUGGAGAUGGACUAACUGCCUUGGUUGGACUGAGUGACGGAGGAAGAAAUAUUAAUGUUCAAGGGUGGCAGACAGAGAGUGCUUUUGAUAUAGCUCUAAGAAAUAGUUUCAUUGAAACCUCUGCUGCUGGGCCAAGUGGUAGUGGUACUCAGAUGGGAGAGUCUUCAGACCAAAAUAUUGACGGCCAGUGUGAGAACACAAGCAAUGCAUCUAUAUCCUUAGAUAUGAAGACACCUCUAAGUCACUUCCCUCCAUUUCGAUUUGGGGUAGAAUUUGCUGAUGUGCAUCGACUUAAUGAUGGUCAGGUUAAACACUCACCAGAAGCAUUUUAUGCUGGUUCAUUUUGGAAAAUAAGUGUUCAAGCUUUUAAUGAUGAAGACCCUCAAGGGCGUAGGACACUUGGCUUAUUUAUUCAUCGCCGGAAGGCUGAAAUAAUGGAUCCUCAAAGGAAGGUGCAUAUGUAUGUGGACUCUCGUGAAAAAGUUACAGCUCGCUAUCAGUUGAUCUGUCCAUCUAAGCGAGAAGUUAUGGUGUUUGGAAGCUUCAAGCAAGCAGGUACUCUUUUACCAAAAGCUCCAAAAGGCUGGGGCUGGCGCAGUGCUAUACUAUUUGAUGAGCUUCUUGAUCUUCUUCAAAAUGGGUGCUUCAGGGUUUCUGCCGUUGUACAGCUUGUAUAGAUUUGAAAAUGUCGCAGUCCCAUUCUGUGUCUCAAUUUUCCUUUUUUCAUUAUAUAAUAAUUAUGUAUCAUCUAACAUCUGCAAGGAUGCCUUAGCUUGGUCUUAUAAGAAGGAUUAGCCUAAUUUUCUUCUUUAUAAGAGAGAGAAAACGGAGAAAGAAAUUGUAAUAUGCUUACUUCUUACUCCCUUGUCCCUUUUUUGACUCGUAAAUUUCUAUAAAAUGGGCCUAUGGUGCAAAAAUAAGGGGAUAGAAGGAGUACAUGUUAAAAAUGAUAUUGUUAUUAGUUUCAUGAAUGCAUAAUACCCAAACACAUGACAUA